CAGGGCCUUUAAGAACCAUUUAAUGGAGCCAGGCGAAGCAAGACUGGUCCAUUCAGUGGCCCACCUCUGAAUCGGGCAAAGAAAACACUCCUGUGUGCCAGCCAGAGGCCAGUCAGUGGAUCCGGUUCCAGCUCUCCCAAAGCCCCAAAGUCCAGUCCAAGUACAACCAGCACAUGUGCCACAGCCCCCAGGCCCUGGCCCCCCCUUUAUAUGCCGAUCGGCUGACCGUUGACAGCCCCGCCACAGGGCUCUUCAAUCCCUUGGACUCUGGUCAUCGCUCCCUGCCCCCAUCACCACGCCAGAGGCAUUUUGGCCACACACCUCCUCGGACUCCCUUGGUGGUCAACACCAUGACCCCGCCUGGCACUCCCCCCAUGCGGCGAAGGAACAAAGUGAAGGCCCCGGGAACGCCACCUCCGCCGAGCCGCAAACUCAUCCAUCUGCUGCCGGGCUUCACCGCACUGCACCGCAGCAAAUCCCACGAGUUCCAGCUGGGGAACCGCUUGGAUGACACACAGACACCAAAGUAA